AUGGCCCUGCAAUACCAAAAACGUCUCCAUAAUCCGAACGAGAAUGAGACAUCUCCAAUGGCUCCCACGUGUGACAACUCCAACCUAAACUGCAUUGAGGCCGAGGGAUUUUCUUCUGACAUUAUGAAUGAAUUUUCCAACCUCACUUCAGGUUCAGAAGAUACCAUUCUGACCGUAUGCUACGGAGAGCCAUUCGCACUGCCCGAUAUAGAAGCCAAGAUGUCAAAUCAACUUCCAUCUGCGCCUGUGGGCCCUAUGGAACAGCAGCCCGAACACCCAGGAACGUUUCAUCCGGAGCGGGCGGCAGAAGAAGUUGAAGCGCUUAAGGCGUCCAAUUCCACCAAGAGACCGGCAGAAGACGAGCUUGAGGUUGACGUUGAAGAGAAGGCAAGAAAGCGCCAAAAGAAUUUAGCACGAAACCGCAUCGCUGCCAGCAAAUGUCGCCUGAACAAAAAGAAAAAGACUGAACAACUCGAGAAGACCAUUGAGGAUGAGUUACAGAAGAUCGCGGUUCUCGAAAAAGAAAUGAGAGAGGUGGAGAUUGAACUCCAGAUUGUUAAUGCUGUGCUAACCAAGCACUUCCAGUCUGGCAAGUGUGUUCUCGACAAGCAGAUUUAG